GAGCUGAAACAGCGCAGACCAGACAGAUGGUCUGUGCCAGAUCACGUUUGUACAGAACACAGGAGGGAGAGGGACCGAAGAUCUGAAUCAGAACUGCACCGGGACCUUGAUGGGACUUUAUUGACACAUAUCAGAAACUUUGACAGACAACCCUCAUGGAGAGAAAUGCAACUUCCCUCCUGUUCCCCGGCAAUCACAGCCACGGCAACAGCACUUGUUCCCGUGACAACGUCCUGAAGACGGUGGUCUUCCCUGUUCUCUACUCCUUUCUCUUUCUGCUGGGGCUGUCGCUCAACGGCGUCGCCGCCUGGGUGUUUUUCCGCAUUCCCUCGAAGUCUCACUUCAUCAUAUACCUGAAGAACAUCGUGGUGGCAGACAUCAUCAUGACCUUCACGUUCCCUUUCAAGGUGUUGUCAGACUCCAACAUGGCUUCCACGGGGCUGCGUAUAUUUGUGUGUCGGCUUUCCUCAGUGCUCUUCUACCUCACCAUGUACAUCAGCAUCCUCUUCUUCGGCCUCAUCAGCAUCGACCGCUGCAGGAAGACCCUCAAGCCCUUUCGGGGGACCAACGCAGCCCGACUGGCCCGUCGCAAACUCCUCUCGGGAGUCAUCUGGACCAUCCUGCUGGUUCUCUGCGCGCCCAAUGUGAUCCUCACCCGUAAGACCCCGACUUCUCCGUAUUUCAAGUGCAGUGACUUGAAGACAGAGGCUGGGCUGCACUGGCACGAGGUGGUAAAUCACGUCUGUCAGGUUAUUUUCUGGGGCAACCUGGUGACUGUGAUUGUGUGCUACACUCUGAUCACCAAGGAGCUGUACAGAUCUUACUCCCGCACCAAGUCCCACAGCGCUGGAGGGACCAUAUGUCGGGCGCAGAGUGGGACGACAGUUCGGAAGCCCAACCAGGCCAAAAGGAAAAUGAAUGCAAACGUCUUCCUGGUUCUCGCCGUGUUCUUCGUGUGCUUUGUGCCCUUUCAUUUCGCCCGUGUGCCGUACACCAUGAGCCAGACCCGAGGGGUCCUCUUCGACUGCAAACUCAAGCUCUUCUUCUUCCAGCUGAAGGAAAGCACCCUCUUCCUCUCAUCCUUAAACUCUCUCCUGGACCCUCUCAUCUACUUCUUCCUCUGUAAGUCCUUCAGGACCACUUUGUUCAAGACCCUGCGGCUGCCUCCUGGUACCUGUAGCUGGCUGGUAAUGAGAGGGUCAGACACGGACACAGGCAGCACCCCUCUGAGAGACUCCUCCGGCUGUUCAUAAAGCCACUGGACAUGAUAAAGACUUUUCUGAUGUGGUAUCGACUAGAAAAUCAGCCGGUGUGGUGACACAGGCGGCGCUUGGCUGGAAUCAGCAUGUUGACUGAGACUGGGUUUUGUCCCGGAGACAGACAUGAAACGCGUGUGGCAGACCACAUAUUUGUGUUCAUGAUCAUCACAAAAUGAUUAUGAUAUCGUGCCUUUUAAAAACCAGCAGGUUGAACACUGUAACUUAAACUAAUCAGCUUCUUAUUUUAUUGACUGCUGAAAAAAAGCAAUAUUGCCUGUGAGAGAAGUUAAAAAGUUUGAUGUUUACUCACGAGAAGAGGCGCCAUGUUUUUGUCUUUCUGUUCUCUGUUCCACUUACUAACAGCACAAAGUUCCUCUUUUGUGUUCUCAUAGCCAUUAAUCUAGAAAAGAAAAAACGUGAAGCGAUCAUUUACAAACUGAAAAUAAAUCUCAUUUUAAGGACUUCAGCAGUAUUCCUCUAAAAUAACCAUCAAACCUCAGAUCGUACAGGUACUAUAAUCUCUUGCUGUUGCGUGUGUGUAUAGGUUGUUUAGCUGUGUCAGCAGUGACUGAUUGUUCAGGAUAAUCUAACCAUACAGCAGGUAAAUGUGUCAAAAUGUCUGCGUACAUUUCUGAUUUAUUCAGUGUUGCUGCUACCAAUGACUCUUAUCUAUGUAAGUAAAUCAUAUCUACUGAAAAGAAAAGCACUGGACUACUGGGCUGUUUGCACUGUCUUAUUCCUUUCUGUUACAACCACAGAGCCAAAAUAUCAUUUCUACAAAAAUUCCUAACAAAUAAAGAUGUGAAAACAGAUUAACUGUUAGUCCUGUGGG